CAAUUAUAGUUAAAGGAAAGUAAAAUCAACGCAGACAAAUUGACGUCGCUUCGAAGACGUGAAAUCACCUGUCCAAAACAUGUACACGGAACUACAUGUGUAUUUCAUUUAUCCUGCUAGAUUAUUUUCAAGCGUUCAACAAGCCCAAUGUUUUGAUGAACUCGUUUGAGUGUGAUACGAUUUUUUUGUCAUCCAUAACUCUGGCAGAUAAUGCUUCCUCCGAUUCUUCAUCGGGAACCAAACCUCAACUCGAUUUGAUUUUCUUGGGCUCGUCAUGUAAAGCGUGCAGUUGUCCCGGAACAGCGAUAUUCGCAUGAACAACCCACUUUUCUUUGUAUUUUAAGAGGACAGUUUGAGGUCUUUAUUACCGAUCACUGUGGGGCAGAAAUGAAAGUAUAUCCAGAAAUAAUGUAAGCCGUCAAACUGAAAUAAUCUGAACCAACAACAGCUAAACUGAUGUAAAUUCAGUUGUAAAUAAACAUGGAUAUACCCCCCCCCAUAUAGAGGACUGCCAUCCAAGCAUUAUGAGGAUAAUGGUAUAUCGACUUCGGGCAUUUUUUCCUCUCAAAAGUUUAUACUGAGGAGCCCAUGCAGUGUCUUGUUACGGCAUUAUUCAAGCCCAGAAAGUCGAUAGCAGAAACAGGAGGCGGCAAUUCUUUCCGCACUCGGGCAAAACGGCAUUUUAUCAAACGCUACGCAGUCGUGGCAUUGCGACAUCAGAGUAAUUGCCUGCAACUCGCCAUUUACGGAUUUUUGAAGGACGCUCUUGACGUAGCUGUCGGCCCCUCGCUCCGUCUGAGACGGACUGCUGGAGCUGCUUGCUGGGCUUAGAGACCCCCACUGUCAUAGAAUCCUUGGCAUGCCGAAAUCCUGCUUCCAAAAUGGCACUGGAAUUGAAUGUUAAUCAGGCAAGCCAUGCCGACAACACACAGAGUCUUAAUGCCGGCCAUUUUUUUUUUCAUUUCUCACAGGAAGUAAUUCGAUGAGUUUCUAUGGUUAUUUGCUACAGCGGAGCAAGCCCCGAACUGCUACCGUGCACAGGCGUACGCAAGUCACGUUUCCAUGGCGACUGUCAGCAUGAUUGACACAACGACUAUAUAAAGAAAGUCUUCGAACCCGGGACGCCGGGUGUACUCGGUGGCAGCUCUAUGGUGACAGGGCAGGAGGGCAUGCUGCUGCGUGUUGCCUCGACGGCGGAGACAGCACAAUUAUACGGUGUGAUUCCAUACACACGGACUGAGGCAUCUGCAAUGACGGGCAGACUCUUGGGUGCUGCUUUUUUUCUCUCCUUUGUAAUGCAAUAUACCUUAGAGGCACGCCUAAGCUGACGUGAGCACAUAAAAAGCGGUGAGUUAUUUAGCAUCGCUGGAAAAGGGAUGGUGUGCUAUCAGGUGGCGUGACACGUGCAUUAAAUUUACGUCUUGAAAUGCUGGAGCAUUUCGUCUUUAAUGUCAUGGAAAAUUGUCACAUGGUACCUUGAAGGCAAGCAUUAGAUCUCUGGAAUGUAGUGCAUGCAAAUUUCAUAGCUGUCGAGUCUGCAGGAUGUUGGUUUUGAGUUUUUCAGAGGAUUGCUAGUCUGGAAUACUGGCCAGAUGGAUGAGAACACCACCGAAGAAUUCGCCGCUCCGUCGGUGGAAUACUUGACCACCGUGUGGGCUUCCCCCGGGGGGCAGCAGGGAACCCCCACGACCCAGACACCCCGGCAAGAAUGCCAGCAGACCUGGCAGACCACCACGGAUAUACUGGGAGCUGGGCUGGACAUCCACGUUUACGGGUUCGCUGUGGUGUAUGCACUCACUGGAAUUGUUUCCAUGACUCGACUGAGGAAGCUGUACACCUUCCGGGCCGGGCGUCUCAUGAGCGGCUUUCACUUCAAGAUGAACAUGCACAUAUCUACUCUGAUAUUUAGCGUGCUGCGUAUCAUAGUACUUUGCCUGGAUCCCUAUGGGUCGCGCUGUCGAGUCGUCCCUCUGGUCAUCGAUCUCUUGUGGUCUCUGGCAUUCCCAUGUCUUGCCGUCGCCUUCAGUCUUCUCCUCUUGGUAUUAAUGGAAACCACCAAAUUGUACCCAAAUUUGCCUUGCAUUAUUCACCGUACUUGGACCUUGGUUGCUAGCACUGUCUUGUACACAUCGGUUCUCGUGUUGAAGGAUGUACUGCAUCAUUUCCUCAUCACAACUGCAGCGACGGCCUUCAAAGUCCUUUCCCUCCUCAUAUUUGCCUUGUGGGGCCUGAUCAUGAUGCUGGGUUACUUCUACGUCGCUCGCAAGAUCCGGCACAGCUUGCGAACUAGUGGGAGCCCCAUAGAAAGCGAGGCGCUGCGACGGUUCUCCGGGCUGCUCCUCGCUUGCGGCUCCGUGGGACUGCUCACCAUCAUGAUGCAGGUCUUGUCGGCGGUGAGCGAGUAUGGGCUGAAGGCGCCGCCCGAGGUGGCUCUAGCCAGCAUCAGCCCCUGGGCUUGGUGGUUCCUGCAGUCCGCCAUCCGGGCGCUUGAAUCGGCCAUGUGCUGUCUCCUGAUGCUUGUCGCCAGCCGGACGGACAACAAGAGGCACGUGCAGGUGGCACCAAACACAAUCUGGGAGUGGCCACGGAUGCAUGGGUGGAACCUUGAGCCUGUGCCUGCCAGACCGGGACGGCCAGCACCUGUCGAUCCCAAACAGGGAAAACACUCUCCAGCCAUUCCUACACAGUCAACCACCACUAAACCACCAGAUAUUGAAAUGCACGAGAUAUAAUUACACCCUUGUGAAUGGUUACCUCUUUGCAGUAACAGACUGCCAGAUCUUUGAGGAAUAUAAUAUAGGCCUAUAUCAUAUUUUACUACAAAAUGCACACAGAGAGCACAGUCUAUAAAUUCAAUUUGCCGUCGCGUAGUACAUAACAUAUUUCGACUACAUGUAAAAUGUGAACGGCAUUACGACGUGCAAGUUUGUAAAGCAAAUUUAGUUGAAAAGAGUUUUCAAUAUAAACUUAUGUAUAGUGACUUGAAGAUAUAUUUUGGUACAAAAUAUUAUGAGCAAGAAAUGCUCAUAUCUUGGAAUGAGGGAAUUGGGAUACAAUGAAACCAACAUUUUAAGUGUGAAAUUCAGUGAAUCUACUACUGACAAUGUGUUUUAAACACACAUAAUAGAGGAAUGCCGAACUGAUUUAAGAGAAUUGUUGGUGCUGGUUUAAACUGCGUGUAUGGCUGAAUUUCAAUUUUUAUUGUACGGCGAAAAAGAAUUUGUAUUAACCAAGGCUGAGCAGUAUUUGCUAAACCUGUUUGGUAGUCCCAGUGAAUGGUAACACAAAACCUCAAUGGCAUGUGAUGCACAAAUUUAUGGCACUAUUAGACGGUGGAAACUUUCAUUUUUUUCAUAGUUAUAUCGGGGUUUAGGAACCUAACUGUUUCCCUGACACUGUUGUUCAGACACUGUUACAUGCUGUUGUGAAAAUCCAUAUCUGAAGGAUUAUUGAACGGAAGUUGAGACAUUUGAAGUGCCUCGUGGCAUGGGCGUAAAUCCAGGCGGAUGGAAGUGUAUAUAGCCCAACCACAUUUUGAGGGGGAGGUUGGCUAUUAACCCCCAAUUUUGAUGAGAAAAAAACGAAACGGCCUGUGAAUAAUUUACAGGAUAUCCCAACGAUUAAAUGCUUGCAAUAUCACUAAAAAGGGAAAGCAAUUUUAAAAAGCAAUUAAUAUGCCAUUCUGAUGCAAGGUUCUGCAUGAAUCUGAUACUCAUUAGAGAAUGUACAUCUUUAUCAUGAACAUCGCCCCCUAUAUAGAGUAUACGGUGUUACCACCCUCCCCUCCCCUGCUUUUCAAAUGUCCAUGGCCGGGCAAGUCACCCCCCCACACACACACACACCUUCCCCCUUCCCACUCGGCAAGUGAUUUCAAAAUAUACAUGUAUUGUUUUUUUAUUUUACCGUUUUUAAGAUAUUGUGACGAAUUAAGUGAUAAUUCGCCAACUUUCGAAAUACAUCAGAGAAACAAUGCACAAAAAUCUCAUACUUAAGACAAGUCAAGAGUACCAAAACAGUUUCGUGGGUGAAAUUUGCUUGCACUUUACAUUUCAAAACCGUUUACGCGGGAAUGGAAUACUGAAGUUCGCCAACCCCAAUUCUUCGCAAUAUUUCUAGUUACUCGCCUUUUGUUUAAAUUGCAACACCUUAACAACAAACAAACUAUUCUGAGUUAUUCAUUCUCAGUUGAUGCUCACUGGCUUGUCACAUUUACCGUUUCGAAAAUUCAUAUUCUGUCAAAGGAGAAGUUGUAAAAAACGACAGGCUUGGUUGUUUUUGGACCACUAGUUUGGCAAACAUUCGAGUUUAUAUCGGCAGGUAAAACUUUCUAACAGACUGUAAUUUGGCGAAGUGGGCAUGGCUUAUUUUUUGCCAGGUUAGUCCCAUCAUCUUUUUCCAAUCAUUAACACAUUACAUGUUUCAGGUGAAAUUGGAGAAAAAUGGAUGUUCAAGAAAAACUCGAUGCCUUUUCAGAUGGUCAAAGCACGCAUCUUGUCUGCUCGCAUUUGUAUUGCUGAAGAAUAGCAAUUCAGUUCAGAGACUGAAAUUGUAUUUGUCAAAGAUCCAAGAUGAAAUUGACAGUGGUCUAUCAAAAACGCAGAAAUGUUGGGUUGUUUCCCUUUGAGUGGUGAGAUAGGAAACAGAUGUGGUAUCCUUGAUUACAACUCACCUCCAUCUCAUACAGUCUACAAUAACACAAAAUGAUCAUAAAUAAUCGGGCUGAUUGUUUCUUUCUUGUUUUGUUUUGUUUUGUUUUGUUUUUAGAGACACAAGAAAGAAGGAGACAAAUGAUAAAACAAAAAUGCACCAACAGUCAGGUAGCCCAGAAGUAAAAAAUUAACGAAGAAAAAAAAACUUUAUAAAACUCAAUUAGAAAAACUAACAAACUUGGGGAUUUUAGAGUAACAUUCCAGGAAAAAACCUGGCUUAUCCGCGCUAGGACAGAAAUUGUAUUUGUAAUUGACUGGAAAAAAAUAAUAAAAAGAACACAAAACAUAAAGGAUGAGCACCAGUAUUAAGGUUUUGACUCGCGCAAAUUUGUUUGCUGAAGAAACUUUAAGAUUAAAUUACAGUGCGAAGCAGAUAGCAGAUUGCACCUGGCUGCACACUGCAUUUGAAAUUCCUGUUAAUAUUUAAAUACUUCUAGUUUUCCUGAUUUUGCACUUCGUGAUUAUUUGCACUGUAUUUAAUGAAGCGAUGUUUAUUAUUGGGUGAAGUGUAGCUCUUGGACCUUGAAUUAGUUGACGGGGCCAGUGUAAAACAUUGUUGUAUGCGUUGCACGGUGAGCCAAUUUAAAUCAUAUUUAUUUAAAUCACCGAUUUCAAUUGUGAUUGAAAUCAAAAGAUUUUCAAAAAAGUCUCUGAUAUAGCCCUAGUAGUCCCAAGUGCUCCAUUUCAAUAUACUGGAUACACAUACCCUAGGGGUUAACCUUAAACCAGCAUUUAAAUUUUUAAAAGCGAAGAUACUACAUAUUUACUGAUUUGUAAUUUUCCAGGUUUUACACAUUGUACUAACAGCAAAUCUCCUGCAAGCCCCCUAAGUUGUUGCUAUUUAUUAAACGUAUAGAAUCACAUUCACUGCAUACAAUGUGGGUUGGCAGGACAUUUUUUCAGUUCCAGCCUUUUGCUUCGAUUCAAAUAAACUUGUUUUGACCCUGAGUGCAUGAAUUACAUAUAAAGGAUUAAUAAUCGUGAUACUUCACCUCAUAUAACGUGUCCUUUCCUUUGUUUCAUAUGAUGAAGAUUAGAGUAUCAGUGAACGUCUACCUUUUAUCGCUGCAAUGUAUCUUACUGAGAUCAGAGAUGUUGGCCGUUAUACAGAGGAACCACAGUCACUGACAAAAUGCUCUUCAUAAAGUCCUGAGUCACGACUCUGAUAAUCACAAACGAGAUGUUUCUCAAACAAACCUAUUGUAACGAGACAGAUCUUUGCACACAGAGCAAGGUGAAAUACCAUGCACGUUGUACUGGUCUACAUCCAUGUAUAAAUGUACCAUUUAAUCUAAAUGUACAUGCGGCUGAUGGCUUUUGUUUCACUCAAUGGUUAUUUGAUUUGAGUUCCUUGUUAAAAAAAUCAUAUGAACAGUAUCGUUGUCAAAACUUAUGGAACAUGCAUGUCUAAAACCUACAUGUACUGAACUAUUUUUGGUUAAAUUGGAGCACGUGUCUCUGAAGGAACUGCAUUGUUUUCUCGGUGGAUACAUGUACACGUAGGUGAUGUAUGUAUACUACAUGCAUUUCACCUGAGCUUAAAAAAAUAAUUUCAGUGUAUUUCUGAUUUUGAUAAUUUUAAAAAUGAUUUUAUUUA